ACCAUCAUGUCCGCUAAUGACCUGAUAUAAAUUCCUACUAUAAUGAAUAUUUAGAUUUGCAUAUUUCCAAUCGUUUUCGCGCGUUCAAGACUUUCCUACGGAAAGUUACAUGGAAAAACCACACCAGUAAAGUAAGCUAUGUAUGUGGUAUGUUAUAGUGUAAAGCGUUCGUUCAGAAGGUACGUGCGCUGUUUCAUAGUAACGACGUGUUCAAGAGUGGCAUAAAUAUGCAUACAUGUGUACUCGUACUAGUGCUAUUGACAUCCCUAAUUCAAAUUCGAGCAGAUGACAAUUGCAUUACACCCAACAACGAAACAGCAUCAUGCAAGCCCCUUUAUAAAUGCCCUCAACUACUCGAGGUACUAAUUACCCAGAAGAAAGAAGCAAUAGACUUCGUUCGCGAAUCACAUUGCGGAUCUUGGUCCAGCGAAACCCAACCGUUCGUUUGUUGCGGCACGAAGUCGUCCCGAACAGCAGCUAAUGAUUCGUACGAUCAAGUCACCGUCCGCGCAUCCCCGACAAGGCAAAAAAUAUCCGACAAAAGAUUUUGCGGAUUUCAGCACACCGACGAUUACUUUUAUGCGGGAAACGUAACGGCGAUAGACGAGUUUCCUUGGCUGGGCGUGUUCAAAUACAAACGUGAUUCCGAUUUGGAGCAGAACGAUGACGAGGAUUUUUACGAAUUUGGAUGUGCCGGAAGUCUGAUAAAUAAUCGAUACGUGUUAACAGCAGCUCAGUGCCUGAGGCUAGCAACUAGCACGGUGGUAGCAGUGCGUUUCGGGGAGUAUAAUAUUAAGCACGAUGUGGAUUGCGUAAAAUUUUCGGACAUUGACGAUUGUAGCAACCCCGUUGAAGAUGUCGGUAUUGAGCGGAAGAUUAAGCAUCCGAAUUAUAACAGAAGAACUGGCGUGAAUGAUAUUGCCUUGCUGAGGCUCAACAGAUCAGUUUCGUAUUCUGAUUAUAUUCGCCCAAUAUGUCUUCCAGACGCUGAAACAAGAUAUGCACGUAUUGGAGAGAUAAUGACUUUAACCGGGUUUGGACGAGUAGCUACUGAUAAAAACUAUGCAAUCAUUAAGAAGAGAAUCACAUCCAGAUUGAUAUCAAAUGAACAAUGUCGUACGGAGUUUUCAGAUAUUAAAGAUCGCAAUCGAUACGUUACCGAUAAUAUCAUGUGCACCAAAGAGCUUGCAGACAAUAAGGAUCGUUCGUGCGAAGGAGACUCGGGAGGUCCUCUAAUGUUUUCUCAUCGUACCCAAUGGCAUAUUGAAGGAAUUGCAGUUUGGAGUACAGCCGAAUGCUCCAUUGACUAUCCUUUUGCGUAUACAAGGGUGGCUAAUUACAUUGAUUGGAUUGAGCGUACUGUGGUGUCCUAAUUUAAAUACUCUAAUUGUAAUUUAACUUAUUAAAAUUUAUACCUUUUUGUA